AUGGGUAAAAGAAAGAAGUCAACAAGAAAGCCUACCAAGAGACUGGUCCAGAAAUUAGAUACAAAAUUCAAUUGUUUGUUUUGUAAUCAUGAAAAAUCAGUGUCAUGCACUUUGGAUAAAAAAAAUAGCAUAGGAACUUUAUCAUGCAAGAUUUGUGGGCAGUCGUUUCAAACGCGUAUAAAUUCACUAUCACAGCCGGUUGAUGUAUAUAGUGAUUGGUUCGAUGCCGUCGAAGAAGUCAAUUCUGGUCGUGGAAGUGACACAGAUGAUGCUGACGAAGGCUCUGAUAGUGAUUACGAAAGUGAUUCAGAGCAAGACGCUAAAACGCAAAAUGGCGGUGAAAUCGAUUCUGAUGAAGAGGAGGUAGAUUCUGACGAGGAGAGAAUAGGGCAAGUUAAAAGAGGUAGAGGCGCCUUGGUAGAUAGUGACGAUGAAUAA